AUGUCUUCACACAAGAAUCGAAAAGCAAGAGAUGAUCCAACCGUUCGUCUUUCAAAAACGUUGUCCUACAUAUUGAGACAUGGAGCUACGAAAGAAGGCUUACAGUUGAGAUCAGAUGGAUACAUUGAAGUUGAUGAAUUGUUAAAUCUACCUAAAUUACGCGGAAGAACAUUUGCCGAUAUAGAAUCAGUGGUACUGAAUAAUGAUAAACAACGAUUCAAACUUUUGGAAGAAGUGAGUGGUGAUGGAAAAUCUACAUGGUAUAUUCGUGCGAAUCAAGGACAUAGUAUAGAGGUUGAACAAUUAGAAUUGGAAAAAAUCACGGAUGCUGCAUUAUUUCCUCAAGUAAUACAUGGAACUUUUUUAAGUAAAUGGAAAGCUAUAUACUCAACAGGACUUUCAAAGAUGAAUAGAAAUCAUAUGCAUUUUUCUGUCGGUCGGUGGGGCGACCCAAAUGUUACAAGUGGUGUUCGAGCAACCUGUGAUUUAUUCAUAUACGUGGAUAUUGAAAAAGCCAUGGCUGAUGGAAUAGAGUUCUUCCGAUCAGAAAACGGAGUGAUAUUAUCCACAGGAAUAAACGGUAUAUUACCAAUUCAGUAUUUUAAGAAAGUGGAAGAUCUAUCUGGAAAUAUCUUGGGAAUAGGAAUUCCUCCACCACCUCUUCCGAGAGGUAGUAGUUGGCGUCCUGAUUACAAUAUUGAUAGGGGCGGAAGGGGCGGUGGUAGAUGGCAAAACCCUCCAUAUAAUUCAUCGUAUAGGAAUACGCCGUAUACUACGCAGCGACCGCCACGUAAUAGUUCUUCAUCAUAUCCAAAUUAUGCUCCCGGAGGUAUGAAUAUGAAUCAUCGUGGCAACAGUAGUGGACGUGGUGGAUAUAAUACUCUUGCUAAUACACCAUAUGCACCAAGAGGAAGAGGUCGAGGCAUCUCGCCAUGGUCAACGCCUACGUCUUCUCGUCCGCCACCGGUCAAUGUUGCGGAACUCAAUGUUACCGCGUACUAUAAGAAAUCAAUGCUGGAAGAUCCUUGGAUUGGCCUAUUAUAG